AUGUCCUCACCGAUCACUACUCACGGUAUCCCUACCUACCCUUUCCACGACUGCCUUUUGCGCAAAUCCCUCGAGGAAUCCGCCGACCUCGAGAGCUAUUUGGCAACCCGGACUGGUCGCGAUCUCUUCUGGGCGCCAUACAUACACGAAGACGUCAGAGAGGUCUCCAUCGGCACGACGUUUCGACGCGCCCUCCGCCACCUCUUCCUGGCUCUCCAAGAGUCAUGGGAUUUGGAGUGCCCACCGGACGAAUCGAGCCGCGAAGACACUACGCAACAGUUCAUUGGUACUGUCCGACGACUCCGUCUCAACCUCCACCAUACCCGGGCCGAGCUCCUCAAUCUCCUCCGAGCCUUUGGGGGGGCACAGCGCCUCGACCUCUUGAGGAACGACAUUCCUCCUUGGGACCGUCACAACCCCAGCGGCGAUGAUGACGAGGACAGCGACGAGGACGAGGACGAGGAGGACGAGAACACCGAUCCUCACAGCCAGACAUCGAGUUCGAUGUCUUCUCAGGUGCUAGGUUCCCAACGUGAGUACUUCACCGCACCUAGCAACAUUUUCUCUCGUCCAUCUACUCCUUAUCCAUCCGCUUCUUAUCCACCCAUUCCUUACACCAACGGCAAUGGUCGUCACACUCCAGUUACACCACCAGACGCUGAUGUGACCAUGGUUAAUUUAGCCAGGGUCCCGUUCGCGCCCACGUCGAUCCACCCUGCCCAAUUUGGCGAAGGUAGGGAUCCCCUGGAGCACGGCUGGACAACGGUCAAUCGAGAGGACGGUUACCACUGGGUUCGCAAGAGCUCAAACCCAUUCUCAGACGGAGAGGACUCAGAGGACAAGCCGAUGCUGGACGUUGACGAGGUUCUCAAUGACGACAUGAUGCCCAGCCUGCUGCCAUCACCCGACGAGGAGCUCCCCGUCGUCAACAAUGAGCUCGCCCUCUUCAAGGACGAGCCUUUCGACAUCUCGCUCCCCGAGGUAAAGCAGGAGGAGCUCGACGAGUUCAAGGUUCCGGCACCAAUCCCCGGCUACGUCCCUUCGGACGAGCUGAACAAGGUCGCCACGGAGUAUCUGGUAAGCGGCACAGAAGAUUCGUUCAACCGCUUUACUGAGCAAGUUCAGCGUCAGAUCGACGCUCUCCGUCCCAUCUCGGAACCGACCCCUGAGCCUCCUCGGGAACCAUCCCCGGCCGUCAGCGAGGUAGGUCUUCAUACUCCACCUCCUACUCCACCCACUACCCCUCGUUCUCCACCCAUCAUCCUCCCUGGUAUUCGAAAGUUAUUCCCGCCUAACGCUUUCAAGUCAGGAAUCCUUCGAUCUGGACUUACGCCGCCGUUCUACUCGGCCUCUUCUCCAGGGAUUCGAUGUUGGCGACGACUCCAUCCGGGCCCCUCGGACCCACAGUCGCUCACUGAGAUAUUCCCCGACUGGAACUACGGCCACCCCAUCUGGAUCAAGAGGCGCAACAUUGGCAUCUCGUGCCAUGUCUGCCGUCAGGAGGGUCAUACCAACGCGAGAACGUUCACGCACCCCGGUCUGGAGAAGAUCGGCGACGUCGACGCGGAUUUCGCGAGCUCGGGUACCGACGCCUACGACGACAGAACGCCGUCGCGGAUCUCGACGCCUUAUAGACCAGCAGGACUGAGUCUUAGGAAGGUCGAGAACUGUAGGCAGUUCUCAGCUUAG